UCGGCCAUCAAACAAUAUCCAAUUAACGGUGUUUAAUUAAUUUAGUUUGAAGCAACUAUUUAUGCGAAGCGACUUACACUGACUUUAUCAUUUCAUUGAUAUACAUCAUAAGGCGGCUUGGUAGCGGUGCGUAAGCGCGGUCUUGCGGACUUGUGGUCAAUCUUGGAGAAAACCCGUCAAGACAACAACGCACACAGCCCAACAGAGAUGAGUUUGCUGAGCAACAUAACAGAGUACUACACGUACGUGAACAAUGACCUCGCAGAUCCACGUACCAACAAAUUCAUGUUGGUAUCAUCACCGCUGCCGAUCAUGAUCAUUAUGUUCGUCUACCAUCGUUUCGUCCACACGUGGGGCCCAGCGUUCAUGGCCAACCGGCCACCCUACAAACUCAAGAACCUUAUCAUAAUAUACAAUAUUGCACAGAUAUAUCUAUCAGCAUUUAUGGCCAUACAGUGCAUCACGUACCUAUACCUGCCGGGAUACUACAGUCUGUGGUGUCAGAAGAUAAACUACGACGACACGCCCGUGGAGAGGCUCAUUAUAGAACGAGUGUGGCUCUAUUAUUUCAUUAAAAUUGUUGAUUUACUCGAUACGGUCUUCUUCGUGCUGCGAAAGAAGUUCAAUCAAGUAUCGUUCCUGCACGUUUAUCAUCACUUGGGCAUGUGUCUGUUAGGAUACAUAGGAACUAAAUAUGUACCAGGUGGCCACGGUAUCAUGCUGGGCUUUAUAAACUCUAUGGUCCACGCAGUCAUGUACACCUACUACUUGAUAUCGAUCGUCCGCCCCAAGUGGGUUAAGCAGUGGUGGAAGAAAUACAUCACACAGUUGCAGAUCUUGCAGUUUUUGCUCCUCAUCUUGCAUUUCGGACAUAUCCUGUUCGAGCCGUCGUGUGGUUACCCAAAAUGGGUGUCCUUCCUAUUCCUGCCCCACAACAUAUUCAUACUAUUCUUAUUCACCAAUUUUUAUAUAAAUGAGUACAUAUAUAAAAAUAAGAAACAAAAUUAAUUGUGUGAAUGCUAGCGAAUUGUAUAAAUUGAU